GAGCUGGCCGCGGGAGGAGGUGGACGCAUCGGUCGGGUCGCGGGGAGGCGGUGACGCGACCGGCCGGCGAGAGGGACGGAGCCCGUCCAGACGCCCGAGUGAUGCAGUAACUACAGCUUACUGGUGACACUGAUAGAUGCCAGCACUGCGCGGCAACCGCGGCGCGCUCCCGCCGCCGCCUGGCCCGCGCCACGGUCGCGAGCUUGACAACCUGAUCCGCGACCUACAGCGACUCGACCUCUCACAGUGUCUGGACCAGCUGUACUCGGACAUCAGCCAGCUGAACCACAUGGAGCAGCAGCUGGGCACGUGGUCGGGCCUGUAUGUGCGCUGCCCAGACCCCGAGCCGGAUGAGCUGGGGCACGACCCGGCGGACAAGAAGAGCUCCUCCGGCUAUAGUACCGAGAGCGCCUCGCCGCCAGAGAGCCGUGGCAGCAGGUGCAACCUGUGCAAGGCCUGCUUUCCGGAGCACCUGAUGCUCGUGGCGCACGUGCACGAGCGGCACCUGCGCGUGCAGGUGCGUCCCAAGUACAGCUGCGGCCUGUGUCCCGCGCGCUUCUACGCCAGCCGAUUCCUGGCCAAGCACUGCGCGUAUCAGCACGUCUGGAUGGGGGACAAGCGCACGCCGCAGUGCCUGAAGACCAGGCGUGUCCUGUGA